AUGGAGCAGGACUACUGGGACGUCGACGAUAUUUUAGCAGAGAGCCAGGUGGGUGGUUUCCGUCUCCCCUGUGUGUUUGCCAUUGAUGUGCCUGGCCUUGGGUACUUGGAAGGCGCUGGCCAGUCCGAUAUUCAAAAGCAUACACGUGUCGAGCUGCCGUAUUGGAUGGCCCAUAUGCUUGCUGUCUAG